AUGGGACUCACCAAAACGCAUAAAGACCAUACUACAGAUGUGAAUUUUGAAUCAGCCAUGAGAACAAGUACUUGUAUAUACAAAACGUCCGAGUAUGCGGCCAAUGCGGUGGUCAUUGUCCCGGAAAUGAACUCCUCAGCCUUGUUGGCCAAAUCUGACAACGCGGCUAGGG